AAUAUCCAGGAAUGGGAGAGUUUUAUUCACCUCCACUUCCAUGGUGAACUGGAUGGAUGGGUUUUGCGAGUUGAGAUGAGUUAGGAAAUUAAUUAAGUGUAUCUGUAAGUGUAUAUUUAAAUAGGGUCCAUGGUAAAUUAAAGAUCUACCUCUAAGCGGCACGACAGUUUUAGGCAAACCAUUUGAUAAACUUAGCCGGUUGUUUAUAAGUUAAACCCCUAAACAUAAGAAGGAAACAACUUAAUACUUAAGUAUGGAUCAUCUUUACAAGCAUUAUCAUGCCUUUCUCCCAUUACAGACGGACAGAGAUAUGGAAUUUAACACGUUCAACCUUAUUUGGAGAUCGUAAAACAACGAGACAAAUGACAGCUGAAUCUCAAAUAAAAGCCACAACCCUGGUAGCGACAAUUAAUAAAAUCGCUUAGUGUGCUUUCCUGUUCCGCCCAUAUGUUUCUGACCACCCCCACUAGCCCAGCGCAUCUCUUGAACGAUGUUUUCCGUAUCUUCCUGGUUAAUGAGUGACGAGGGUUUAUCAAUUAAGGAGGCGCGUGGUUAAUCACACAGUCCCAAGUCCACGGCGCUGCCAUGAGUCCGAGUGAGCUCGGGUGGUGCGCAUCGUGAAAACCAGUCGACCUCCAGGCAGGCCGGAUGAGUGGAAAUUCAAGAACUUGGUGCUGCCCGUGUGAAAUAUGAAAGGGCCGUUUCGGCUAUUGGUGCUUUACGGUCUGGUGACUGUGGGAACCUCCCAAGUAGACGUGGAGCAGUUCGUGAAUGGGAGCAGGGGGAAAGAGGUCACUCUGAGAUGCAUCUACACGGGGUUAGAGACCCCUGGGAGUAUAUCCUGGAAGAAAGGAAACGGAGACUCCUCAGUGAAUAUCGCCAUAGCCCUUUCCAGUAGUUACAGAAUUUACAAUACCAGCGACUUAUUUGGGCGACUGAACUUCACAAACAUCAACUCUCAACUUAUGGACGGAUCCAUCCGCAUUGAGGACCUGCGUCUGGAGGACAAGGGAGACUUCACCUGCGCCUUUGCCACUACUGAUGACCCUCAACCUGAAGCAACAAUCAGCCUCACUGUGACCGGUGAGGCGUUUUUUACCCCGAACGUCUCUCUGGAGUUGAACCCAUCCCAGUUGAUAGACGGCAUGGGGCUGGUGACUGUGGCCACGUGCGUCGCUCAGGAAGGAAAACCCGCAGCCUCCAUCACCUGGAGUGGCCUCAAUCAGGGCAGCUCAAAUGAGACCACGAAGGAGGAGCCGGACAGUACGGUGACGGUGAGGAGCCGCUAUUGGCUGGAGCCCACAUAUGAGAGCCACGGGCAGACGCUCACCUGCAGAGUGGAGCACCCGGCCCUCGAGUCUCCAGUGGAGUUCCCUACCACCCUCAACAUCUACUUUCCCCCGAACGUCUCCCUGGAGUUGAACCCAUCCCAGUUGGUCGAGGGCAUGGGGCUGAAGGACUGUGUAAAGAGAAGUAUUACAAUAAACAGAGUGUGCCUCAUAAGAAGUUUAUUCGUCAUUAUAAACACUACACAUGUGCCUCCAUUCGCAGACAAACCAAGUGUGAGUAUCGCUAGCUAUGAUGGUGAUUGGUACGUGGAUAAGGAAGCAGCCUCGUUGACUUGUGAAGCAGACGCGAACCCUAACAUCACGCACUACCUGUGGGACAGGUAAGGGACCACAAGAAACUGUCAAUACAGCUACCUCUUGUUUUAUGGCACGUAAUGCAAAAUCGGUUGGAGUUAAGGACAGAGCAGACUAUCGAAUCUCAUUCUCACGUCCACAUAUUUCACCGGUUACCAUACAUAUUAAAUUUACAAUACCACCAUACAUGUAUUAAAGAUAGUGACAUCCUAUUUAAAGAAAUAAUAUGAAGUGAAACAAAAAAUAUGUUAACACGUAGUGAGAUGUUUUAAUGUGGCAGCAUAACUGGGGCUCGUGAAGGGGCGAGAAUUGGUGGGGUUACUGGAGAGAGAGGGAGGGGUCGUCUUCAUCGGAUGGUGACGGUGGUAGAGAUGGUGGCACUUUUGAAUGUGCGCACAAAGUCCACGUGGACAAGAUCUUCAAAAUGGCGCUUGAGAAUGAGAUGCUAAUGCUGCUGCCCACACUUGUGCUUGUUGUCAAACUGCUGCACCUUAGGCAGCAUUGCUACUGAACUUUGUUGCCUGACUAACGAUGAGCUUGGAGCAUGUUCCGUAAACUAUGGCCAACGCGGUAGAGCACGUCAUUUCAAUGAUAGUGCGUGCAAAUCCAAAAUAAGUGUAAAUUAAUCAAACAUGGUAUUUUGCAUUCGCGUUACAUAAACACUUGUAAAAAGUGAGGCGACUUUAGUUGCCAUUGUUACAGCUCUUUCUCAAACGACGACUAGAUGUAGGUCCCCUCCCCCAUUCCGUGGCUGUUAUGCAACAUGUUUUGCCAUACUGCUAGAUUGAAAACUAAUUUCUUUAGAACUGCUUGUGCUUAUUUUGUUCUCCUUGUCCCGCACCUCAGAAUACCACGGUUGGCUACAUACGUUCCAAAAGAAGUUCAACAUACAUACAUCUAAUUAAAUUUCUCCGCAGUUUCUGCAGCAGUGUAAUCACAUGAUACUGACUGUGUGUCGCGCUCCGUGUUGUGGUGUGAUUGCUCGUAGACAAGACGGCUUUCUGCCCAACGGGGCGGUUGUGAGAGGCAACUCUCUGUCCUUUGAGCGGCCGCUAGUGGAGUCAGACUCUGGGUCGUUUUCCUGCUGGGCCAAUAACUCUGUGGGCUGGGGCGAGGCGGUGGUUAUCAUUACCAUCCGGCCAGGUAUAACUACGGCUGCUACAACCAUCGCUACUACAACAACUAUAUCCACUAUGCCUGUGGCAGCCACUACACCAGGUACAUCAGCAGCUGCUUUCCUUUGUUGACAUCCCACCAGCCCCCCAUAGGUUUGUUUUUCCUUUAGUGUGAAGUCUGUAAAUCAUGAGAACACAUUAAACGCAUUUGGGCAGGCCAGAAAAGCAAAUAGAUUUAACAAAACAAAAACACACAAAGCUCUGGUUGCGUGUAUUCUCAAAAGUGUGGUCUCUGACAAAAUGGCUGCAGUUAUUUUGAACUGGUGGUUUUGCAUCAGGCAGAGAUAACUUUUAUACAUGUGUAGUGUGUUACUCACACCGACACGUUGUAACAAGUCAGCUGCUUACACUUUAUUCACCUAUUCUUGCACCAGUUGUAGGCACUCUGUUCACUAUAUAUCCGGUCACUUAUGUUUAACUUCUCCCCACUCUUGUCUACCUUCCACGUCACUCAUGUUGCACUCAGCAGCGUCUCUUUAGCUCUUGUCAGGCCGGCGCCUGUCGGCCCAUCAAUCAACCCUUAUCUCCCGUCUCCCUGGCAACA